CGUAAUUCUGUGUACACAAUCAGUUUCUCUGAAAAAUCUAAAAAGUUUUUAAAAGUGAUUAUUUUGCAUUAUAUCGGUGACAAUGGGCCACAAAUAGCGAAAUAGAUAUCACCAACACUGCCACUAGUCUAGACUUCCACCAGGAAGUAAUAUUCAAUCAUGACAUCCCAAGACAAUGCUACAUGCAAUUUCAGUGUACAUCUAUGUACAUGGAAUGUUGCAGAGACAAGGCCACCAAAAGAUCUUACUGCUGUACUAGGAUUGAGUGGUGAACAGAAGCCAGGCUUAACAGCAGUAGGGAUUCAGGAAAUAGCUUUUGCUGAAGAAUGGCUGGAGAGUCUAACAAAUACAGCUGCAUCAAAGGGAUAUGUGCGAAUAAAGGAGCGUCAGAUGCAAGGUAUUUAUCUCAUGAUGUUUGCACUGAGGGAACAUAUUCUCUACAUCCAAAACAUAGAGUCUGAAAUCACACAGACAGGCCUUGGAGGACUCUGGGGUAACAAAGGUGGCAUUAGCAUCAGGUUUGACAUCUAUGGUGUCAACAUGUGUAUAGUCAACUGUCAUCUAGCUGCUCAUCUUCACCAGCUCAAUGAAAGAAUAAAUGAUUUUGAAGAUAUAAUUGAGACACAAAGGUUUAGAGAUAAAGAUGUCGACUAUGUCCUUGAUCACGACUAUGUCUUCUGGAUAGGUGAUCUAAACUUUAGGAUAGAAGAGUUAGACAAAGGGGAUAUAGAGAACAGAAUAGCAAAUCAAGACCUCCAAUCUAUGGCACACCAUGACCAGCUAAACAAGAUACGAAAAGAGCAGAUAGCAUUCUUAGACUUUGAAGAAGGAAGUGUGAAUUUUAAUCCAACUUACAAGUAUGAUACGAAUACAGACAAUUACGAUACUAGCAAAAAACAAAGGAAGCCUGCAUGGACUGACAGAAUAUUGUGGAUGGUCCAUGAUGAUGCUUUUCAAAAUCAAACGUUGAGUGUUGAUCAGAGGUCCUAUACAAGACUAGAUGGCCAGCUAUACACUGACAGUGACCAUAGACCUGUACAGUCUCAAUUCAUCAUACAAGUGUUUAAAGAAGACUAUCCAAAGCCUCCGAUAGAAUUUGAAGCAAUCACAGGGUGGACUGUUGGGGAAGAUGGCACCUGUAAAUACACCAUAGCUCCAACUUAUCAGUUCAAUUCAUGGGACUGGGUUGGCUUAUAUAAGGCUGACUUCCAACACUAUGGGGACUAUGAGACGUAUUAUUGGGCAAUGUCUGAUGGUUCUAUCACUAUAGACAAAGCUUAUAUUACAAAUCCUGGAGAAUAUGUUCUUGUCUACAUGGCAAGUACAGACAGAAACUGUGUAUUGGGGAUGAGUAAAACGUUCAAUGUUUUACCAAGACAACAAGAGCAAAAGAAAGAGCUCUAG